AUGUAUGAAGAAGAAUUGAUCUAUGAAAAAUCAAAUGGCAGAUGCUAUCUCAUUCUGUUCAUAUCUAUCCCUUUUCUGUUCAUAUCUAUCUAUCUAUCUAUCUAUCUAUCUAUCUAUCUGUUUACAUUCAUCUACAUAACUAUCUCAUUCUGUUCUUAUCCCUUUCUCUCAUUCUGUUCAUAUCUAUCUAUCUAUCUAUCUAUCUAUCUAUCUAUCUAUCUAUCUAUCUCAUUCUGUUCUUAUCAAUCUGUCUCAUUCUGUUCAUAUCUAUCUAUCUAUCUAUCUAUGCAUAGAUCUAUCUCAUUCUGUUCAUAUCUAUCUCUUUUCUGUUCAUAUCUAUCUAUCUAUCUAUCUAUCUAUCUGUUUACAUUCAUCUACAUAACUAUCUCAUUCUGUUCUUAUCCCUUUCUCUCAUUCUGUUCAUAUCUAUCUAUCUAUCUAUCUAUCUAUCUAUCUAUCUAUGCAUAG